CCAUUCUUUCCUGGCCUAUAAGUAGAUGAGAUAGGUGAUUUGCUAUGAACUCAUCCACAACCUGAGCAAUCCAGUUGUUAUUUCACAAUAGUGAGCUACUAGCCAAAGUGAAGCCAUGAUUCAUUCCAAGAGGCUUAUUGAAAUGGCUAAGAAGUGGCAGAGGAUGGCACUGUUAAGGAGAAGAAGGAUCUCAAUGGCUAGAAAGGAUGCUUCUCAUUGUGCUGAUGCAUGCAGCAGUUCGACAGCAGAGAGAGGCCACUUUGUGGUCUACACAAUGGAUGGGGAGAGAUUCAUGGUACCUUUGGCUUAUCUCGAUAGCGGAAUCUUUCGAGAGCUCUUCAGAAUGUCUGAAGAGGAGUUCGGAUUGCCGAGCGAUGGGCCUAUUGUUUUGCCUUGUGACGCGGCAUCUAUGAAGUACAUGAUGUCUUUGCUUGCACGGCAGGUCUCGAAGGAGGUCGAGAAGGCAUUACUUAGCUCAAUUAUCUCUCCCCACCAUUCUACUGGUUCUUUGAACCAUGUAGGAGUUAGCCAACAAGUAGCAAUUUGUAGCUUCUGAUCGGUGUAUUUCGUAUCGUUUAUGCAAUUUUGUGAAACAGAUGGAUGUACAAAGUCUUUAUAAUGAAGUCAAUUUUCUACAACCAUGCACUUCUUCGUAAA